GAUCACAAAAAGAGAGGACAGGAGCCAGGAGACUCAGCCAGCGGGAGCAUCACAGAGCACAGAAGACCCUCAUCACAGACACAGAAGACCCAUCAACAAAACCCGUUUGAGACUAAAUAUCUGAGACAGAUCUUCCUACAGCAGAGACGAUGCCAUUCUGUACCGUCCUAGAGAAGCAAAACGGUGUGAUGGUGGGAGCCGAGCUGGCCUGCAGCGUACGGAUGGAGAACAAGGCUAACAGGGAGAGCUACAACAGCGCUGACUGGACUAGUGUCAGUCUCAAGACUCACCCUCAGGACAGGCAGACAAUGAACAUGAAUGACGACUCUCGUAGGGAGACUCUGUCCCGGCAGUGGCAGGCCCGCUCGCUGACACAGAUCUGCCCCUCCGGUGUCUUCAGAGUGGGCACUGUGGAAAGUGGGGUGAGGGAGCACCAGCUGCUGCCAAGAGAAGAACCCUCCCCCUUGCCCAUAUUCACCCCUGCAGAGCUGGGCAUCAGGCUCGGACGUGGCGCUCCCACAGAAGAGGACCUGCUGCCCUUAACGGCCCAGACGGAGCCUGUCCCAGCAGAGGAGCGUGAACGAGAUCCUCAAAAAGACCUCCCUCCAGUCAAGCCUGGCUCCAUGGAUUUCUUCAAAGGGCCCAGAGACCUGCGUCGCUCCCUGUCCAUAGAGGCCCAGAGAGGCUGAUAAACAAAACCAAAAGAGGGGAUGUUAGGGAAGACGAGAUGGGUGCCAUUUGGAAGAAUAAUCAAUAUAGUAUGUGUUUAGGAAUUGGCUUGAACAAAAAAAUAUAUACAGAAAUCUCGUAUUAAAAAGCUGUCGAUCUUUAGCACUAUCUGUGUUUCUUGGCGAGCACAGCAACCAGUCAUCGUCUGCAAUUUGGUGGUCAGUGGUAUUACAGAUGGUUGUGAGGGCAUUGUGGUGGAGAGGCAGGGUGUGUGGUUCUCAGCUGUGCCAUGGGCUGAUCUCAGCCUGUGCUGCCAGCUGGCCUCAUAUCUGUGUGAUCAGUGAAAUGACUGCGACCCCAACUAUUUUUUUUUUUUUUUGCAUUGAAAAAGGUAUAAUGAAAGUGUUCUUGAGGUCAUUAGAUUCAUGAAUCAUAGAAGGUGAUAAAGGUAGGCAAUGACGCAGAAAGUGACCGAUGGAAAAUGACGUGCAUGAUGAAGAUGAAUAGUCAGAGGGGGAAUGGGGGGGGGGAGUCGGAGUAGGGUUUGUAUACAAGCUCUUGACAGUCUCUGAUCUCUGUGUAAAGUACAGAAUAGCUCUGGGCUGCAGCUGUAAAUAUGUGUUUGUGUUUCUUGUUAGUGGAGUGGCAGAUAUGUAUAUCCUAUACAAAAGUCACUACUGUAUUAGCUGAGAAUGGUGGUGUUGUGAAUUCAUUUAAAAUGUUUGUGAUCAUGUUGGAAUAUUUUACCUAGAUAUUUAUAUUUUUCCAAAUAAAAGCGUCUCUGAAACUCA